CAAUCAUUCAACUCAACUACAGUAGACGCCGCUUAUAAGAAUCACGGAUAUAAGGUUCAGUCGCUUAUUAGACUCAAAAUCGUCUGGAACGGUCCGGACGUAUCCAAAUACAUUAAAAAAAAAUCGGUUAUAAGACUCAACACUUCGGUUAUAAGACUCAAAUUUCGUAAAAUAAAUAGUAGAAAAAAACUUUUUUGGUUAUAAUUUAGAAAUAAAUUGGUAUUGAAAAAUUAAAUAAUAUUCGUGUUGAUUAUUUCUAGUUUCUAUUGAUACCUUAUAACGCAUAAUAAUUUUUAUCGCAGAUAAAAGUUCACAUUUAUCGCAACGAUUAUCGUUAUUAUAGUGCACUGAUUAUCUGGCGGUUGCACAGUUAUCGGAAUUACGGGUACAUAAAUACACAUACGUACACGUGCACAUGUAUGUAUGUUAUCAUUGUAGUCAAUAGUAUAAUUGUUGUGCAUUGAACGAUCAGUCGGUAUUCGAAUUUCAACGUGUGCUUUUCUUGUUGUUAACAUGAGUGCUAAUACGCGACGUGCUCUUAGUUUGAAUGACAGACAAGACAUUUUAAAAAAAUAUGAUCAACUUCCAAAGAUGGGACAACGUGAUGCAGCAGUUAGGCUGAACAUUUCACAAUCGGUAUUGAGUAGAAUAUUGAAGGAUAGGGAAGACAUUGAGUGUGAAACAUUACAAAAUAAGUCGCCGGGUCGAAAAAGGAAAAGGUGUGGAAAGGAUGAUACUGUUGAACGUGCAUUGAAAGAAUGGUUCGUAAAAGUUAGAAAUAAAGAUGCUCGCGUGUCAGGUCCUUUGCUUCGCCAAAAAGCUGAAGAAUUGGCAGAAAAAAUGGGGAAGGUUGACUUCAAAGCGACAGAGGGGUGGUUCCAUCGGUGGAAAAAAAGAGAAAACAUUUGUUUCCAAAAAAUGCACGGAGAACAAGGUGACGCAGAUUUUACGGGUGCACAUUUUUGGUUAGAAAAUGAAUGGCCUUCACUCAUCUCCGAAUUUUCACCCUCUGAUGUGUUUAAUGCUGAUGAGACUGGCCUGUACUUUAGAGCACUACCUGAGCAUACUUAUGUUCUUCAAAAUGGCAAAGCAAAAGGAACAAAAUCUUGUAAAGAACGAAUAACGAUCUUGUGUUGUGCCAGUAUGACGGGAGAAAAAAAGAAACUGCUUGUUGUCGGGAAGAGUAAGCAACCUCGUUGUUUCAAAGGAGUUAAAGCUUUACCUGUUGAUUAUACAGCGAAUAAAAAUGCAUGGAUGACUCAAGAAAUCUUUAGUCAGUGGUUGAUCAAAUGGGAUAAUGAACUAGACAGAAAAAUUGUACUCUUAAUAGACAACUGCACAGCUCACAAUGUAAGUUUAAACUUGAAAAAUAUAAAACUGGUUUUUUUACCGGCUAAUACCACAUCACUUAUUCAGCCUUGUGAUCAAGGAAUUAUUCGUACACUUAAAGCUUACUAUAGAUUAAAAAUGAGAAAAAGGGUAAUCACUCUCAUUGAUGAAAUGUUUGAAUGUAAGUCAACUUCGACUUUAAAGGCUAAUGACCUUCCAAGAAAAUUAACAUUCUCGAGGCCUUACACUUUGUCAACGAAGCGUGGAAUAAUAUUAGUGAUGUGACUAUUCGAAAUUGUUUUCGUCACGGA